GGUUGUAAUAUAGGGACAGCUAAAAUUGAGCUAUGGUAGCUAAUUGUUUUUUUGGGCAAAAAGAAAAGCGAGAUCGACGAUCGAAGCACCGUUCCAUAUGAAACGUACAUCGAGAUUACGAAUUCUCUCAUUGUGCGAGGGCGAUGAGACGAGAGGGUGUGAUCAAAAAAAUAUACAGAACACACAUGCAUACACACAUACAUGCAUCAGACGACGAAAACGAAAUACACAACGCAUCGUGUGAUUGCAACAGUAGCCGAAGAAUAAAAAUAUAAGGAUCUCGAGUGAUAUUAUACGCUUCGUUGACAUAACGCAAUGCGCGUGUCUCAACGAUAUCGAAUAUCUGAUGCUGCUUUAUUAGGGAGUUUUUUGCAAUAUUCGGUAUCUCGAAUAUGGUAAACGUCGAAAAAAAUUGUCGCAACUUGACUUUUAUAUUAAUUAUUGUACCUAUAUUAUUACGUAUUAUCAUUAUAAGCAUAUUAUGAUAAAAAUUAUUAUUGUAAAUAACAAUUAUUGUGUCAAUUAUAUGCAUUGAUUAUUAUAUAUAAUCUUUAUUCUUAUUUUAAUUAUUAAUAACUCAUUGAAUUCGUAUUAAUAAAAGUGGAAUUGUCUCGCCAAAAAAAACAAAAUAAAAAAAUAAAAGCAAGAAUUCCUCAAUUUUCUCUUUAAAUAUACGAAUCAUUUGCUUCAUUAAAAUAUCGUGAAUAAAUUUCCGACAUCGAGCGUUUAGCGUAUUCCAAAUACAUUAUUGCAAAAAGUCUUCAUUAUCGUUCAACGUGAUAAUUAAAUACGUAUUUCCGGCCCGGAGCGUCGUUCGACAAGUGUGCAUUACGGAUACGCACGCAUCCUUCCUAAAUUUCUUCGCACAAAUAAACCAAGUAACGACGACAACGUUAGUGUAACUUAUGACGGACCAUAUCAAUGAAUCAUAUCAGUAAAAAAGAAAGAAAAGAAAGGAGGAUAUCCUCGAUUGUGCGUACCCGAGGCAUCAGAGAGAAAGAGAGGCGAGAUGUGAGUUUUCGACAUGUGCUUUUAAAUGCAACGAGCUCCCCUGUACAAAAGUAUCGCCACGAUUGCGAGCGAUCGUUCCUGCUGCUAAAAUUUAUGUUACAUUCGUCGAGGGAAAUUCGUACAUGCCGCUUUUAUUUUGUACAUAGCAAUCUUUUUAAACGAAGCUCUCGUUCAUUCGAAUAAUCUCACACUUGUUUAUAAUGUAAAAAAACUUUUGAAUUAAGAGAUUUAUAUAUAUUUUUUUUAAUGUCUUAUCGUCUAUAAAAUUGCAAAGUAUCGACUUAUAGCGAGAAGAUAUAAAUAAAGAAUUAAAAAGUUAUAAGUACGAAAUAUUUGCCUCGACGCACGUUUGCUUAGGCUUAAGCUUGCCAUAAGUGAUAAUUUGUUAAAGCAACUUCCUUAAUAAUCUUCGUUGAUCGCGCUACGAAACGACAUACAACGCUUUAUUGAAUCACUUCCCGCGAGCCCGAUGUAAAAUCGAAAAGUGUGAAUUAAUAAAAGUAAUAAUAGACACGAGAUAUAUAAAGGAGACACGAAUAGAGAGGAAAAUCGCGCGUGUGGAACGGAUUUAAAUGAUUAAGCAGGAGUUACUUAACGAAAAGCCUUUUAAACUGAAAAAUGCUGGGUUGAAUGAGAUAAACGAAAGAUCGAAGUAUCAUUAAUUUCAUAUAUAUAUAUAUAUAUAUUAUAAUAAUAAUAAUUUUAUUAAUAUUAUAUAAUUGCGAAAAAGAUCUGUUGUUCCUUUAAUCUCUCUUUUUCCGAGAAUAAAAUGUCAAACGUUCAUAUAAUCCAGAGUUUUAUUUAAAGAUAGAAACGAGGAUUUAUUUCGAAUUACAAGUUAUUCCACUUUAGGACCGUCUAAAGUGACAACUCUUGAUUUCUUUCGAAAUUAUUGAUUCGAAAGUUUUGUUUUUCUUUUGCGACGUCAUUGAGAUCAGAAUUACAAAGUUUGAAAGGUUUUUUUUUAGCUGCUGAGCUGGAAGAACAACCGAGUGCUCAACGACGUGAAAAAUUCUCUCACACGCAUUAAGGACACGCGAGGAAGACGAGGCGAAGCGGAAAAUCGCGCGCGUUGCCACUCUCUGUACACACGUUCCACACACACGUUUCCACACAAUUAUAUUGCGAGAGUGCACGUAGAGAAUGGCGCAAAAGGAUGUCUAAUUAUCUAUUUAAAUAAGCGACCAAUACACGCUGGAAUAAAUAGGCUUGUUAUUACGACGAAUUUGCUCAUUCAUUAUCAACCGACGAAUCGUUUACCAACUACGAACCUGUACUCGUGAGAAUUAAACGAUCUUGAUUCUUGGCAAUGCGCUUGUUUCUGUCGGAUUAUCCUAUUUAGCGUCCAUUUUUCCGUCCUUCAAUCCUCGCUUAAUUUCUGCAAAAAAAAAGAUAGAGUUAGAUUCGUGUGCAAUGAAUUAUGUGAUGGAAUAAAAUUGCUAUCAUCUUCAAAGAAUUUUAAAUUCUGUAUUCUUAAGAACAAAAAAUUUGCAUCAUGUAACACUUAACUUUUCCAAAGUUGCAUUUGUUCUGUCUGCAUAUUCGCUUGGGGUAUUUUUUCCUCACACAUUCGAUUAAUCUCCUGUUUAAUUCGCGUGUUCUCCACAUCCUCGGCGAGAUGUAACACACUGCCAAAUAAAAUAAAAUCACACAUGUAUGUACAUGUACAUCCAUACUUGCGCACACCGGCGAGUUUACUUGCGAUUACGAUACCCUGCGAUGCGAGAUCUCUUGUCUCUCGCGGUAGGAGUGGCGACAAGGGUAAACACAACGGAACCAAUCGCCGAAGAAGGGUGGUCCGGCCGAUGUUUGUCUUCUCGACUCUCUUCUCCGCUCCUGGGGAUGCUACGGAAUCGCGUGGAAGAGCCUAAACGUCCCGCACAUUCGCGGCCAAUCGAACCGAAUCGCCGCCAAGCCGGAAGAAACAAAAAUCCUGAAGUCGGCUAUUAGAUCGCUCCGCUCCUCUUUUCGCGCAGUUCCGAAUUAACAAUCGCAACAAGAACUCGCGGGCGAAAAAACGCCAUGUGUCACAGUCCUGACCUUCCUCUUCCUGUAGUUCUCGCUUGAUUUAUCCGUGUGCUCUUUCAGCCUUUCUCAAGAUAGAAAGUUGACUACCCGUAAGAGUUCUUCUAUUUUCAAACUAUUGACAGUUAAUUACAUAAGGGGGUAGAUUAUCUAAAAUUAAUUAUUCACACUUAUGUAAUUGCUGAAAGUUCCACUAUAUAUUCACGAUCAAUCUGUAUAUAUCUGUCUGUUCAAUUUUUAAUUAUUAAUUCACAAAAAAUCUCUUCUACAUGUCCAUCAAGUGCUUUUCGGAUUCAGUAAAAAGGGGCACGAGAAUUAUAGCAUAAAUAAAAACUAAUCGGGGGGAUAUUUUCUAUAUAUUUGUACGAUUCUACGACAUUCGUGUGUGAAGUACGAAAUAUAUGAACAGUCGCAAAUAAAGAUUCGUGUGGGACAUCAGCAUGCUUCGCGGCAGGAGCAAGAACAGGUCGGAGAACAACGAGAACAACGAGGGAACGGACAGUAAACAGAGGAGACCAAAGUGCGCCCGUUGCAGGAAUCAUGGUCUCAUCUCUUGGUUGCGGGGCCACAAGAGGGAAUGUCGUUAUCGGGAGUGUCUGUGCCCCAAAUGUUCGCUGAUCGCCGAACGACAACGAGUGAUGGCUGCCCAGGUUGCUCUCAAGAGACAGCAGGCUGCCGAGGACGCGAUCGCCCUUAAAAUGGCAAAGGUAGCAACCGGACAAAAACUCGAUCGACUUCCGCCGGGGAAGAUCUUCGGAAUGUCUGUGACGGAGCCAAAAUCGGUGAUGGAUGAAAAUGAAGAUACAAUUCUUGCUUCGAAGAAGCUUGACAAAAUUUCCGAGGACUCGAAGGAGCUUCCAUGCGUGUCAACCAACAACACUUCUCGUCUUCAAAAUUCUUCUGAUGACUUGGAGAACUGUUCGAAAUCCAAAAGUCUUCUCUUCGACACCAGCAAGCUGGAGGGCUCCAAACAGUCCGUUCCAGUGUCUCAGACCUCCGUGGAGACUCUCGCCCGCCUCUUUCCGAACACCAAGCUGUCGGUCUUACAACUGGUGCUGCAACGGUGUGGCCAGGAUCUGCUGAAGGCAAUCGAGUACUUUGCGAGCGACAACCUGGGCAUCGUCGAGCCAGCGAUUUCGACCGGUAUCGGUCACGCGUCCUCGGCCUUCCGACCUCCGCAGACGACGAUCGUCGACAGCGGUGCCGGGGAACAACAACAGCAACCGAUUUCCGGCACGAUGCUGGCACCGAUCUAUACCAGUCUGUCCAGAAACGUCUACGGGGACGCGGGUUACUGCCUCCUGAACAUCGUCCCGACCGCGGAGCAGUUCGCCAAGGGUACCGAUCUGCCGAUCGCGAAAACCGCGGCCGAGUCUCAGGAGGCCGUCGCGCUAAAUUUUCGUUACAACAAUUAUUUUACUCCUGGUGUGCAGCAGCAACUGCGAGACGCGCAUUUGUGCGCUCAAGUAGCAGCGGAUCGACUGUCAGCUGCUAGAUCAGCUGGCAUCCUGCAUCAUCUGCCACCAGCUGUAUUGCCGGGUAUCCCUUGUGUGCAACCGAAUUGCGCGCAGUGCAAUUACAAAUUUGCAUGAAUGCUUUUUUUCUGAAUGGGAGGACAGGAUCCGGAAAGAUACAAUCGUUGGAGAAGGAAGUCUCUUAAUGUUAAUGUUACGUUAAAGAUGGAAAAAAAUUAUAUGAAUUAAAACGUAUCAUACUUUUUUGAUCGUACUUAGAAAAUUCGUGUUUUUUUUUUAAUUAAAAAAUAAUAGUCGCAUUAAAUAGUCAUAAAAAGAGCAAAGAUACAUAUAAUUAU